UAUUCCGGAACAAUGGGAAGACAACGCGAGAUGGUACCGUACCUCUUGUUGAAUCUUCUCUUAGUUCUCGUUUCACUAAUUAAUUUGACCAAUGCCGGUGGACACGGUGGCGGACAUAAACUAAUCACGUAGUUUCUAUGUCUUCUCGAACAAUUAGCAUCUUCUCACGUACCAUACCAUAUCAAGACCAUCAAGCAUACGCAUACAAUUACAAAACACAUACACCAUGGCGGUGGCGGAGAAGAUAAGUACGAAGUACUCGGAUAUACUGUGGGUCAUCCGAAUGAACUCGGAGGUCACGAAGGCGGAGGCGGCGGUUUCGGGGGUGGUGGCCACGAUUUCGGCGGAGGUCACGAAAGCGGUGGCGGCGGUUUCGGGGGUGGUGGCCACGAUUUCGGCGGGGGACACGAUUUCGGCGGAGGACACGAUUUCAGCGGUAGCAUCGGAAGCAUCGGAGGACAAGAAGGAGGUGGCGGUCACGAUUUCGGAGGUGGUGGUGGAUUCGGAGGCGGAGGUCAUGAAGGCUGGUCAAGUCGUUAG